CAGUUUCCACCAAUAAUUGAAUUAAAUGUUGGAGGCAUGAAAUAUUCCACAACACUGUUGACUCUGACUAAAAGAACUGAUACUAUGUUAGCUGCCAUGUUUAGUGGCAAUUUUGAUAUUCAAAAAGACCAAGAUGGCCGCUACUUUAUUGAUGCUGAUGGAGAAAUGUUUAGUCACAUUUUACGUUAUAUGAGAUACGAUGAAUUACCACCUUAUAAUCUACGUACCAAAGUAUAUCAGGAUGCCUGUUAUUUUGGAAUCAGUGACUUGGUUGAAAUUCUUGAAAACAGUCCUCCUCUUAUCGGCAUCAAAAUGAAAGAAAAAUUUCUGUCGCGAAUUCGAGGUUAUCACAAAUUUUUAAAUAAUGUGAUCAAAAAAGCUACAGAAGUAGAACAGCUGGGUAUCACAUCACCAAUGUCAAAAGUUAGCUUAACUUUAAAUAGACGUGCUCUUAUAACAGAAUAUCCUGAAUUUGAUCAAAAUCAUGAAUGUUUUCAGCAAGUUAAAGACUUUUUUCAAAAUGACAUUGUAAGAACUUCUAACGUAUCUUUUGGACCGUGGGCCAUGGAUUUUGAUGAAGAUACAAUUAUGAAAAUAUUGAUCCAUGAUUUAACAGAAAAGAAAUUUGUGUGUAAUUAUAACAUCCAUGGAGUUUGUCAUUAUAAAUGUACAGUUCCG